UUUUCUUUUUGUCUUGGUUCUAGCACAUGCAGAUGACGAUCCAGGCUCUCCAGGAUGAAUUGCGAAUCCAGAGGGACCUGAAUCAGCUGUUUCAGCAAGAUAGUAGCAGUAGGACUGGCGAGCCUUGUGUGGCAGAGCUGACGGAGGAGAACUUUCAGAGACUCCAUGCUGAGCAUGAGCGGCAGGCCAAAGAGCUGUUCCUUCUUCGGAAAACCCUGGAGGAAAUGGAACUGCGCAUUGAGACGCAGAAGCAGACCUUGAACGCCCGGGAUGAAUCUAUCAAGAAGCUUUUAGAGAUGCUGCAGAGCAAGGGACUUUCUGCCAAGGCUACGGAAGAAGACCACGAGAGAACAAGACGGUUGGCAGAGGCAGAGAUGCAUGUCCACCACCUAGAAAGCCUUUUGGAGCAGAAGGAAAAGGAGAACAAUAUGCUAAGAGAGGAAAUCCAUCGUAGAUUUGAGAAUGCUCCUGAUUCUGCUAAAACAAAAGCUCUGCAAACCGUUAUUGAGAUGAAGGAUUCAAAAAUUUCCUCUAUGGAGCGUGGGCUCCGAGACCUGGAAGAGGAAAUUCAGAUGCUGAAAUCCAAUGGGGCUUUGAGUACUGAAGAAAGGGAAGAAGAAAUGAAGCAAAUGGAGGUGUAUCGGAGCCAUUCUAAAUUUAUGAAAAAUAAGGUAGAGCAACUGAAGGAGGAACUAAGUUCGAAAGAGACUCAAGGGGAAGAGCUGAAAAAGAGAGCGGCUGGUCUUCAGGCUGAGGUCUUUGCCAUUGGCCAGGUGAAACAGGAGCUGUCCAGAAAGGACACAGAACUACUGGCCCUACAGACAAAACUAGAAACCCUCACAAACCAGUUCUCAGACAGUAAGCAACACAUUGAGGUGCUGAAGGAGUCCUUGACUGCUAAGGAACAGAGGGCGGCCAUCCUGCAGACAGAGGUGGAUGCUCUUCGAUUGCGUUUGGAAGAAAAGGAAACCAUGUUGAAUAAAAAGACGAAACAAAUCCAGGAUAUGGCUGAGGAGAAGGGGACACAAGCUGGAGAGAUACACGACCUCAAGGACAUGCUGGAUGUGAAGGAGCGGAAGGUUAAUGUUCUUCAGAAGAAGAUUGAAAAUCUUCAAGAACAGCUUAGAGAUAAGGAAAAGCAGAUGAGCAGCUUGAAAGAACGAGUCAAAUCCUUGCAGGCGGACACCACCAACACUGACACUGCCUUAACAACUUUGGAGGAGGCCCUUGCAGAAAAAGAGCGGACAAUUGAACGCUUAAAGGAGCAGCGGGACAGAGAUGAGCGAGAGAAACAAGAGGAAAUUGAUAACUACAAAAAAGAUCUUAAAGACUUAAAAGAGAAAGUCAGCCUGUUGCAAGGCGACCUCUCGGAGAAAGAGGCUUCACUUUUGGAUCUGAAAGAGCAUGCUUCUUCCUUGGCGUCCUCAGGACUGAAAAAGGACUCACGACUUAAGACUCUAGAGAUUGCUUUGGAGCAGAAGAAAGAAGAGUGUUUGAAAAUGGAAUCACAAUUGAAAAAGGCACAUGAAGCAACACUGGAAGCCAGAGCCAGUCCAGAGAUGAGUGACCGAAUACAACAACUGGAGAGAGAGAUUGCCAGGUAUAAAGAAGAAUCUAAUAAGGCCCAGGCAGAAGUUGAUCGCCUCUUGGAAAUCUUGAAGGAGGUGGAAAAUGAGAAGAAUGACAAAGAUAAGAAGAUAGCUGAGUUGGAAAGUCUCACCUCAAGGCAAGUGAAAGACCAGAAUAAGAAGGUAGCAAAUCUGAAGCACAAGGAACAGGUGGAGAAAAAGAAGAGUGCACAGAUGCUAGAGGAGGCUCGGCGAAGGGAGGACAAUCUCAACGACAGCUCUCAGCAGCUACAGGACAGUCUCCGUAAGAAGGAUGACAGGAUUGAAGAACUGGAAGAAGCACUAAGAGAAAGUGUACAGAUAACAGCAGAGCGGGAAAUGGUGCUAGCACAAGAGGAAUCAGCCAGGACCAAUGCUGAAAAACAGGUGGAGGAGCUGCUGAUGGCCAUGGAGAAAGUGAAGCAGGAACUGGAAUCCAUGAAAGCAAAGCUGUCCUCUACCCAGCAGUCUCUGGCAGAAAAGGAAACUCACUUGACCAACCUUCGGGCAGAGAGAAGGAAACACUUGGAGGAAGUUCUGGAGAUGAAGCAAGAAGCUCUUCUGGCUGCCAUUAGUGAAAAAGAUGCCAAUAUAGCGCUUUUAGAGCUUUCGUCCUCUAAGAAAAAGACCCAAGAGGAAGUGGCUGCACUAAAGCGGGAGAAGGAUCGCCUAGUGCAGCAGCUCAAACAGCAG